AACGCUCCUCCUCUCUUCUAGUCGCCUUUUUUCCCUCUCUGUCCCCGACUCCCUGUGGUCCUGCUCGCAAGAUAAACCAGCAUCAUUUGGUUUUGCCGUAAAGAUGACAUCCCGCUUGGUUGUGCAUAUGACCUGUGUGACCCUGCUGUCACUGUGGUGUAAUGUGGCUCAGUCCACUCCAAUGUUCUACAACAUGUCCAUGGAUGGUAGCGGUGAUGACGGACUGGAGCUCCUGUUCCCAAAGUCCUUCUCCACCCGUGCUCCUGUUGAAGUCAGCGCCGCAACUGAGGCGCCCUCCCUCACCAACACCAUCACCACCACCAUGAUCCGCCUGAAGGACUUCGUUCUGAGCAAAGUGGUGGACUUCCUGCAGGAGAAUCUCCUCAUCAUCAUUGUUGUGACCUCUCUUCUCAUCGUAUUGGUUUUUAUCAUCUGCUGUGCCUCUGCCAUGAGUCAGAAGCGCAAGCUGGAGGCCUACAAGCCCGCCUCUCAUCCUCCUCGGAAACAUGCAGCUGAUAAAAGCGGUGGACAUAAGAGUUUGAACGAUUCCCAGGAGAGGCCGUACGCCGUGGACCAUGUCAAGAGGGUCCAGAUACAAAGCAGGGCAUCGCCAAAGAACCUGCGCACUCCUUCCAAGGCUCUGGUGGGAGAGCAGGGAAGAGAGGUCAGGUCAUCACCCCGCCAGGAGGUGAGGAAGGUCAGGGAGGUUGAGGAGGUGGAGAAGGUGGAGAAACGGAGAGAGGAGCCCAAACACAAAGAGCAGAUGAGGUACAGGGAGGAGGUGCAGCACACCUCCAGUCAGCCUGUGUGCACCUGCCAUCUGAAGAAAGCCCACCACUAGACCGUGGUCACACCUACGCUUGCAUUCAAACAUGUCAAACAGGAAUCGGACUAGUUUGUUGCUCCAUCGUGCAUUGAUUGAAUACACUAACAAGACAGCUACAUUGAAUAAUGCCUCUCCAAAGAUGACAAUGCUCAGUUUUCGUUUAUUAUUGAGGCUGUGGGCAUCCAACUGAGAGGUGUGUCUUAUGCCUGUCCUGAUCUCUUCUCAAAAUGGAACUUUUAUCAUAAUACGAAAUACAGUAAUCAAUACAUCUUUGCAAAGGCUGUAUUGGAGCGCAUUGGGUUAGGUGCCGGUGUACCUAAUAUUGCGGCUGGUGCAUACAUGCAGUGAAAAAAAAAAAAGUUAUUAAAUAAAAUUUUAAAAAGCAGUUUUGUUGAAAAACAACUGUCCUCAUGCGAAACAAAGUUUUAUUUACAACCCAGUGUCAUUCUGGAGUAAAAGGGUGGAAAAAUAAUGAAUAUAUACGCUGUGUAUACAUUUUAUCGAUACACUUUGGGGACCAAACUGGUCAAUAUGAAAUAUUUAUCUAAUAUAAAUCCCAGCAUAAUGUUUAAAUGUAAAAACAUGCCUGCCAAGACAGAGGAAUCCCCUCAUAAUGUCCUGCUGUAUAUGACAUCCAAUCUGAAGACAUAAGACACUUUUGACACCUUAGAGUGAAUUAUUUGGUGCUACAAGUUGCAUCUUUUUUUGCAUCUUUUACUUUCUUGACUGACACUUUCAUACUGUUUUUAAUAUAUAUUUAUGUUAUCUUUUUUUUAAUGUCUUGCAUUUAUCUUCUCUCCACAAACAUGAUUUUUAAGUUACCAAAUAUGAAACAAAAAUGGAAUACAUUUUGAGUGGGUAGUAUACCGUAUGUUCUAUGCUAUUAAAUUAAAAACCUUAUUCUCAGUAAUGGGAAAUACAGUCAUGUGUAUUUUUAGCAUAUUGUUUUUGUAUUAGCCUCCUCAUGUCUACAAUAAAUGAUGUGUGAUAAAUUGUUAUCAAAGCUCCUUUGCAUAUUGGCAAAGUCAAAGGUUUAACUUUAGU